AUCGUCGCACUCGGCUCUACACGGCUCUUCCUGCUAUUUCGUCUAUCUCACCGCUCCAAAUUCCAGGCAUAACGGCGCGCUUGCCGGGACAUCGCAAGUCCCCGUAGUUAUGUGCUGGCGCAUGCUCAAGGUCGACGGCUGCCGCUGCUGGUCCACAAGCUCCGCAAGCUCGCGGCUCUGUCAUUCCAACGCGACGCGUAGCUGACGAAAGACAGACGUUAUGGCAUCGGCAGUUCAAGCAGUCGAGGCUUUUCACUAACAUGCAGGUCAACGCGAAGCAGCAGCAGCAGCCGCGGGCGAGCAGCGAGAAGAUGCCACAGCACGAAGAGGCCCAGCUGCGCUUUCAGGACCACCGGUUUUUCGCCGGCGGCCGCGCGCUGCUCGGCAACAGCAGGAAAGCAACGGCUGACAUCCUGCCGUCGUGCUCGCACGGAGUCUUCCGCCAGCGCGACAACCCCAUCGUCGCAGCGCCCGCCAAUUCGCACUUGCGUCGCGCCACCACGCCAACACCGAUCGCCAUUACCGCAAGCCUGCAAGUAGUCCGCACCAAGCCGCCCCUGCCGCCAUCCGCGACCGCAGACUCAACUGGCUCUGUAUCCGCUUCUAGUCGGCAAACGCAGCUGCCGCCUGCAGCCCAUAGCGCAAGCUGCAACAACCAGUCAAGCUUUCGCGGCGAAGGCGCUUUCCUCUCUGCGCUUUCCUUCUCGUCGACAUCGACGAUCAAGCAACAACAGACGACGGCACGACAAGGUCGUAACGCCGGCCGCGGCGAUAGCAACGACAAUAACGACCCAAACAGAAGCACAAGUAGCAGCAGUAAUAGCAGCAGCGGCAGCAGCAGCUUCUCUCGGUCUCGGUCUCGCCGCUCGCGAUUCGGCUAUACGGCACUGGCCAACAAGAUGGCGUCCGCGAGCAGCACGACGGCGCCCGUGCAAGGCUGGCCCAACUCUAAGGACGACUACGAGCUAAGAGAGGUCAUUGGUGUUGGAGCCACUGCGAUAGUACAUGCAGCAUUUUGUUUACCUCGACAAGAAAAAUGUGCAAUCAAACGUAUAAAUUUAGAAAAAUGGAAUACAAGUAUGGACGAACUGUUGAAAGAAAUUCAAGCAAUGUCAUCAUGCAAUCACGAAAAUGUUGUAACUUAUUAUACAUCGUUUGUGGUAAAAGAAGAACUGUGGCUGGUACUUAGAUUACUUGAGGGUGGCUCCCUUCUAGACAUAAUUAAACACAAAAUGCGGACUACCAAUUGCAAACAUGGAGUUUUUGAUGAAGCAACAAUAGCAACUGUACUUCGAGAGGUUCUUAAAGGACUUGAAUAUUUCCAUAGCAAUGGUCAAAUUCACAGAGAUAUUAAAGCAGGAAAUAUUUUGCUGGGUGAAGAUGGUACUGUGCAGAUAGCCGACUUUGGAGUGAGCGCCUGGUUGGCCACAGGACGCGAUCUCAGCAGGCAAAAAGUCCGACAUACUUUUGUUGGAACGCCUUGCUGGAUGGCGCCCGAGGUCAUGGAGCAGGUGAGAGAGGACCACGGCUAUGACUUCAAAGCGGAUAUUUGGUCUCUGGGAAUUACGGCUAUUGAAAUGGCCAGUGGAACCGCUCCCUAUCACAAAUUUCCACCAAUGAAAGUUCUAAUGCUCACAUUGCAAAAUGAUCCCCCCACUCUGGACACCGCUGCCGACGAUAAGGAUCAGUAUAAAGCAUAUGGCAAAACUUUUAGAAAAUUAAUUGUUGAUUGUCUUCAAAAAGAUCCCACGAAAAGACCUACAGCAACUGAACUGCUAAAGCACCCAUUUUUUAAGAAAGCUAAAGAUAAAAAAUACUUGCAGCAGACACUCGUAGCAAUCGGUCCGAGUCUAGAAACACGAGUGCAAAAGGCGUCGAAAAGGCAGCCUGGCACUUCAGGUCGACUACACAGAACCGUAACGGGCGAGUGGGUUUGGUCGUCUGAAGAAGAAAGUGGCAACUCCAGCGGCGAAGAGAGCAAAGAGUCAUUGCCUAUUAAUCGGAUCGAGCGAGAAAGCAGUGAAGAUGAUGCUCCUGACCAAGAUGAUUAUUAUGCUCAGCAAAAAAGUGCACAAAAUCGCGAUAGCGCAUCCGCGGACAAAAAUGUUCCUAUCAAUCUAGUGCUUAGACUUCGCAAUCAAAAACGCGAACUUAAUGACAUCAGAUUUGAAUUUGCUAUCGGCAUCGAUUCUGCCGAAGGUAUAGCUGCAGAAUUAGUGGGUGCUGGUCUUGUCGACGGAAAGGACAUUGUCGUCAUUGCUGCCAAUCUCCAGAAACUCAUCGACAGUGUGGGACAUAUCCGCACUGUUACGUUUCCUUUGAACUCAGGACAGACAUCUAACGAAGUACCCGACGAUAAGGCACUGAUUGGAUUCGCUCAGAUUUCAAUCACAGAUUAAGAUUUAAUUUAUAUUAUACGUUAUACGUUCUUUAUUUUUCUUAAAGACUUCGUUUUACUGUAGUUAUGGAAGAGGUAAUGUAUAGCUCUUUUUUUCAAUCCAUGUCGUGAAUUAUAUUUUAAGUCGGAGUGUUAUGUAUCAACGCCACAAGUGCUCCUGAUUGCAAUUCAUCAUUUUAUGCAAUAAUUAACGUCUUGGAUUCAUACAACUGGCUUGUUACACUUAUGCAUAUAAGUAAUAGUCGCGCUAUUAACUCAUACUACAUUUAUAUAUACAACACGCAUACGUGAAAAAAAAAAUGAAAUUUCUGCCUUAUUUAGUUCGACAUUUUCUAGUAGAUUUAAUAGAUUAUUGUUAAACUAUUUAUUUACAUUAUGAAAUUUUCUGCUGUAAAUAUUAGCAAUAUGAUGUAGCUACAUGCCUUGCAUAAUUAAAUUGACAGGUUAAUUAAUAAGCCGAGCUAUGUAACGAGCUUACGCAAACGUACGACUUUCGUGAAAUUCAUCAUUUUCAAAACUUGUAUGUACUUCAAAUUAUUGCCUUUACUUUGUCAAUGCAAAAUACGAUUUCAUUAAUCCUAUCUCAUGCUUUUUGUCUUAGAUGAUAAGAACGAAUAAUAAUACAAUAUCACAUGAAUAAGUAAAUUAUUUUGUACUUAAUUGGGUAAUGUCAUUUGGCACAUAUUGCCUUUGUAAAAUAAAACUUGUAGAUUUACAACGACAAAUAUGUAGUAAUCAAUGACUUGCUGGUGUGGAAACAUUUAUGUGAACAUUUCUAAUUUGUAUAUUUCAAAGAGAAAAACAAACUGUAAUUUGAUAGAUUACAAUUUUUG